CUUUUCCUUUGCUGCUUGUUAAUUGCCACCGUAGUUUUAAGUCUGAACAGGAAUUAGGGUUUAUUCCAGUUAGGAGAGUUGAAAGAGACGACGAUGAAGCCUCUGUUGAAUACGCAAACUAAGCCCUAACCUUUAGUUGAUUCUUAGCUUUAUACGAACCAUUAAGAGGAGAGAAGUCGAAUUACCCUACUUCGCUGAGGCGAAUUUAAGGUGCGGAUCUCUGAGUCCGAUCAGGUGAUAAUGGUCUACCCUUGUGCAUGACACCGAUUGAUGGAUCUUGAAAGCAAGAAGUUUGGAAGAGGGCCUAGGGAACUUACAGGUGCUGUGGAUCUUAUAAAUCACUACAAGUUGUUGCCUCACCACGAAUUCUUCUGCAAGAGGUCACUUCCAUUGUCGAUUUCAGAUACACACUAUCUUCACAAUGUGGUUGGAGAUGCCGAAAUUAGGAAAGGAGAAGGGAUGCAAUUGGAUCAGCUCAUUCAGAAUACACCCUUUUUGAGAGAGACAAAUGCAGGCAUACGGCCCUUUGGCCUAGAUGUCCUCGGAGAAGCCUUUCAACUUAGAGAAACGGCUCCAGUUGAUCUGCCUCCUUCAGAGAAGGGGAUUCCUACUGUAGCUGGGAAAUCGAAAAGUGAGUCUAAGGACAAGGAGAAAAAGCAUAAAAAGCACAAGGAUAAAGACAGAGAAAAGGAUAAAGAGCAUAAGAAGCAUAGACAUCGUCAUAAAGAUCGGAGUAAAGAUAAAGAUAAGGAGAAAAAGAAGGAUAAAAGUGGCCAUCAUGACCCCAGUGCUGAAAACUCAAAGAAACAUCAUGAUAAGAAAAGAAAGCAUGAUGGAGAUGAAGAUGUCAAUGACAUUCAAAGACACAAGAAAAGUAAGCAUAAGAGCUCAAAGAUUGAUGAGAUGGGUGCAAUCAAGGUAGCAGGCUGAAAAGUGGCAUGUGGUCUUCAUGAUGAAUUGUCCUCAGAUGUUGCAGUUUAGAAUUUGGAGAGACCCAUUGCUUACCUUUGUCAAAUUAUCUGAGAAUGGUUUCUGGACUAACUAAAAGAUUGGCAAGGUGGUGAAUUCACCCUUUGAAGUAACUUUAAAUGCAAGGUUCAAAUUGCUGAAAAUGGAUUAGUUUGUAUCAUAACAAGGGUUCUGAUAUAUUCAGUUGUUACAUUGAAAUCUAAAAUCUUUGAUUCCUUCUUUCAGUUUUAGUGGUGCAUUGGAUAUGUUAGAUUUGUAAUUGACUUCUGUAACGUGUCUUGAUUAGUUUUCAGUUUUGGGUGGUGAGAAGCAUAGUUUGAGAAAUGUGCGAGCUGAUUUUGAGUUGUUUCACCGUCCGUCUUAGAGUUUAACAAUUAACACGUAACAUCCAAAUUUGGAAACCUGUUUGUAAGGAUUGGAUCGGAUUUGUGUGUACUAAUGGAA